AUACGAGCCUUGAACAUGACUACUCGAAAUUGAUGAAGAACACUUGGAGACUGGCGUCGGCUCCGGCCUCUACAACCUUUGCUCUGUACCACACUUCGUCGGUGUACCGAGCCAGUCCAAAUACGCCAAUAUGGAUGUAGUGGAGCUGGCAGAGACAUCCUACACUGUAUCAGAGUCAGAUGAAGUGGUUGAGGUGUGCAUCAAAGCAGUUG